AAAAAAAAAUCUGAUUUGUGGUCGGCAAAAUGGGCAUUACACCCUCCCAAUUAGGGCACCAGAACCAGGAGGAGGUAGCGACAUCCAAAUCGUGAGGGAAUCCUCUACUGAUCGAUUCUCUCGAUUUCCUUACAAAUUAGGGGUUUUAAGGCAUCGUCAUCGCGAAAUCCGAGCUGAAAUGUGGGGCCGGCGCUGGUCUCACUCUGUCGAUUUUUGCUAUGCUCGCGAUCACUCAAGAGUUCGAGGUGAGCGACGUCUGAUCUCUGGUGGGCUCAUUCCUAAGACAGCACAGCGAUGCGGCUGCCAUAUUGCCAUAUUUGAGAGCUUCAAGGGCAUCAACGAACUGAUCAGGGAUAUGCUUGGGUUGAAAGGGAGGUACUCUGCGGUAGAGUCCAAGCUAAAAGAGAUGCACGGCUGGUAUUCUCAGUUAAGCCUUCAAUUCACUGAGGUUGAAAGAGCUAGGCAGAAACUUAUGAUGACGGUCAAAUGUGUUCGGUGUUCUAAGAAGGCCCCGGAGUCUGAACCAAUCAUCAUCAGCCUCUGUUGGAGAAUCCAUCAUAGCGACAAUACGUACAUAGAUUGCAUCAAGGAAUUAUCGUUAUGUUAGAUUAAGUGUCUGCAAAGUUGGUGUAGGAUUGGGAAAGGUUAGAUGCGGAGAUACUCAAGCGGUGGUUUAAAUAAGUGCCAUACUGGUGGGGGAUUCAUUCACCAUUGCUGCUGUUAUAUAAAAAUCAAAUCUAUGUAACAAUUAUGGUGCGUUUGGAUUCAGAGUUAAAGUAAUUUUAAUUUUAAUUUUGAUUUUGAUUGUGGAA